GCACCUAACCUUGCUCGACAGCAAACGAGUGUAUAUGAAAAAUGUACAAAUCGCAUCUUCUGAGACGCGCGUGCAACUCGUCGGCUGGCAAAACCUUAUAAAAAUAUAAGGAAAAUAUUGUGUUUUCGAUAUUUCAUACAAAGAAUAUAGAUAUAUUGAGUUUUGAUAUAUUUUCCACAACCCUACAUUCCAAGCCACACCAAGCAGGCUGAAUUUUCGAGACAUUUUCCGUUCAAAUCCCAAAUCCGGUUCGCGUGAAAAGUUCACAUAUUCGCACAUAGCCGCACCAUAGGAUUGGGUUCUUGGCGGUCGGGAGUGUCACAGCUCCGGAGGCAGUUGAACCAUGUCCCCCGCCUUCUUGACGCUCAUCGCCGUCUUCGUGUGCAUACUGUUCCGGAUAUUGAAUGUCCACAGCCAGCCGCUGAAGCCGAGUGUUUGGUGCUUGGACCCCCAAUUCCUCGACUGCCUCUACAAAAUCGCACCCGUACUGAGGGAGCCAUAUAUUCCACCACGGCUUUGGGGGUUCAGUGGUCAUGUCCAGACCGUUUUGCACAGCAUUGUGGGCCGAGUACGCUGUCCUUGGCCUUUGGGCGAGCGGGUGUAUCUAUCCCUGCAGGAUGGCUCCACUUUAACCUACGACUUGUACCAGCCACUCAACGAACAUGAACAUGACAUCACGGUGGCCAUUUGUCCGGGCAUUGCGAAUAGUUCGGAAUCGGUUUAUAUUCGUACGUUUGUCCAUUUGGCCCAAUGCAAUGGCUACCGUUGUGCGGUGUUGAACCACAUUGGGGCACUGCGCAGUGUCCAGGUGACAUCGACGCGAAUUUUCACGUACGGACACACAGAGGACUUCGCUGCUAUGGUGGAGCACUUGCAUCAGAAGUACCAGCAAAGUCGGAUUGUGGCCGUAGGUUUCAGUCUGGGCGGAAAUCUGGUGACCAAGUACAUGGGCGAAAACCAGAAGACAAAACCCAACAACGUCAUCGGAGGGAUAUCCAUUUGCCAGGGCUACAAUGCCGUCGAGGGCACCAAGUGGCUACUGAAUUGGCAAAACUUCAGACGCUUCUAUUUGUACAUUAUGACGGAGAAUGUGAAGAGCAUAAUUUUGAGACACCGCCAUGUCCUGCUCUCUGACGAAGUCAAGGCCCGCCACAAUCUCAAUGAGCGGGAAAUCAUUGCCGCUGCAACUUUGCCGGAAUUGGACGAGGCUUAUACGAGGCGUGUCUAUAACUUCCCAUCCACUCAGGAGCUGUACAAAUGGAGCUCUUCAUAUUUUUACUUGGAGACCAUCCAAAAGCCUAUGAUUUUCAUUAAUGCCAAGGACGAUCCCUUGAUUCCGGAGGAUUUGCUAAAUCCCAUCAAGGAAUAUGCAAGUACUCGAAAGAAUGCGGCAUAUGUUGAGGUUGCCCACGGCGGCCACCUGGGCUUUUAUGAAGGCGGUUUCGUUUAUCCAAAUCCGGUGACCUGGCUCGAUCGUACUCUUGUAGCCAUGGUGGGAUCGUUGGUCAUGAUGCACACCGAUGUUGGCAAGGUGGCCAAUUGAGUAACUAGUUUCUCCAUGCGCACACUCUAACUACACGACUCUAUUAAAUGAAUUUGUGUCAAAAUUGGUUGUCGCUGCCGGAAAUGAAUCUUUUAGGAACAACCCAUACAUAUAAUUAUAGCAUAUAAUAUUGAUGUAAGCAAGUAAAAAUUGCCAGCCGCAGACGCAAAAAUAACACAAAAUUGAUGUACACUUUUUGAAGUGCAUUUAAAACAGAGAAUUCGCAGUUUUUGCUACGCCGUUUUGAGCUCGUUUUGGACAAUAGUUUUUUAAGCUUAUUGCAAAUUUUGGAGCAGCCAAACAUUCACGAUGUAUCAGUUUUACUGUACCUUAGUUAGUUCAUGCAAAAACAUGUAACCAUGUACUUAUGUAUAAGCAAAUUCCUAUUUAUUAGCAUUUUCAUUUGUGAUCUAACAUGUUUUUAUUAUGUAUGUAUAUUUUUAUACGAAAAUCGUACACAAGGCACCAGACACACAAUUUGAUGUACAACAGUAAUUAUAAAUUAUAAGUAACAGGUCGCACCAUACCAUAAAUAAUUAAUAGAAACAAAAAUGCCUUAUUGUAGACUUCGUUUUGUAAGCGUUUAAAUGCAUGAUUUAAAUUAUUUAUUUUGUACAACGAUGCAUUUCACGGAAAUCAAAGAAUAACCAAAAGGAAUUUCGCCCAACGAUGGCUAGGAUUUUUUGUACGUUUUCUGAUCUUUACCAUGUUGUUAGUCAAAUAGAAGGCGAUUUGUUUACCCAUAUAUUAGAAAUAUACUGAAAUAUUUGUAAAUGUAUUUAUAAAUUGAAUAAAGAACAGUUAAAUGAAAGUUUCUCUUAAA